GUUGGCAUCAUCUGGUUGACUCAUAAUGAGAACAUUCUGGCUGCGUGAUAAAGACUUAAAACUUCAGAGCUGCAUGAGAGUCUGAUGACAAAUGAUGCUUGUCUUGCCUGUCUGAUUCUUCAGCUUGACUCUGGCAGAGGACGCACUGAUUAGGAGCCACUCAAUCAGAAAAUUAAAAGAAAGAAGCCAGAACAUACUAUCAGUCCUUUGAGAACACAACAAAUAUCACUACUUCACAACUUCCUUGAAGAGGAGACAGUACAAAGCUCUGAAGGAUGGCUGAUGAGCGGAAAGACGAUGGAAAGGCACCACACUGGACGUCAGCCUCACUGACCGAGGCAGCUGCACACCCUCACCCUCCAGAGAUGAAGGACCAAGGCGGGGCAGGGGAAGGGCUGAGCCGCAGCGCCAAUGGAUUUCCAUACAGAGAGGAGGAGGAGGGCGCCUUUGGGGAGCACGGGUCACAGGGCACCUAUUCAGAUACCAAAGAGAACGGCAUCAACGGAGAGCUGACCUCGGCUGACAGAGAAACAGCAGAGGAGGUGUCUGCAAGGAUAGUUCAAGUAGUCACGGCUGAAGCUGUAGCAGUCCUGAAAGGUGAACAAGAGAAGGAAACCCAACACAAAGACCAGCCUGCAGCUCUGCCUUUAGCCGCUGAAGAAACAGCUCAUCUGCCACCUUCUCCACCACCAUCGCCAGCCUCAGAACAAACAGUUGCUGUGGAGGAAGAUUUACUUACAGCCUCGAAGAUGGAAUUCCCAGAGCAGCAGAAAUUGACUUCCCCUUUCGCUGAGCCUUUAGACAAGGGAGAAAAGGAGUUGGAGAUGCAAAGUAAGCCUGGUGAAGACUUUGAACAUGCUGCCUUAGUUCCUCAGCCAGAGACAACUGUAACUCCCCAAGAUAAAAAGGAUCUCCAAGGCACGGAAGGAGAAAAGUUGCCUUUUGCACACACUUUUGGUACCAACCUGGAAGACAUAAAACAGAACACAGAACCAAGCAUAGCAGUGCCUAGCAUUGGCCUCUCUGCAGAGCCUCUGACUCCAAAAGAGCAGAAAGACUGGUUCAUUGAAAUGCCAAUGGAAUCAAAGAAGGAUGAAUGGGGUUUAGCUGCCCCAAUAUCUCCUGGUCCCUUGACACCCAUGAGGGAAAAAGAUGUGCUGGAGGAUAUCCCGAGAUGGGAAGGGAAGCAGUUUGAUUCUCCCAUGCCAAGUCCCUUUCAUGGUGGAAGCUUCACUCUUCCUUUAGAUACUAUAAAGAAUGAAAGAGUCACAGAAGAACCACAACCCUUGGCUCCUUUUUUCUUCCAAGCAGCUGACAAAACAUCUCUGCAGGACACCAGUGGCCUAGCUACUGCCAAAGAUAGUUCUGGAGAUGAGAAGCCACAGAAAGAUAAAGCAGACAACGUGGUAGACGCCCCAGUCUCAGAAGCUGCCACCAUACCCAAAGAUGCUCAUGGUCCAGUUGUGGAAGGCUAUGUCACAGAAAGUGUUUCAGGGGAAGAAAAGGGUGCCACAAAUCAAGAGAAAAAAGAAACUUGGACAUCCAGCAGACUAGAACCUACAAUCACUGAAAAUGAACCGCAGACAAAGCUUGAGGAGAAAUUAUUGGUCUCUAUCGAAGAAGCUGUGGCAAAAGAUCACGGACCCUCCAAACUGAGAGAUGAUGAAACAGCUGUCAUUCAGCCCUCCACCGAGCAUUCUUUCUCCAAAGAAGAACAGAAAGGCCAAGAGCACGUGACUGAUGAGUUAAAACAGGGCUCCUUCCCUAUAAGUCUCGAACAAGCAUUUUUAGAUCCAGCCAUGACCUCUGAGACCUUGGGAAAAAUUACAUCUGAGCCAGAGGCAGUAAGUGAAAUGAGAGAAAGCCGGGGGCUUUUUGAGGAGACUGUAGCUGGCAAAGAUAAGUUUGAAGGAGUUGGGGCCGCAACAGUAGCUGAGGUUGGCAUGCCAUUUUAUGAAGAUAAAUCAGGAAUGUCCAAGUACUUUGAAACAUCUGCAUUGAAAGAAGAUGUGACAAAAAGCCAACAAUUGGGCAGUGAUUACUAUGAACUGAGUGAUUCAAGAGGCAGUGCCCAGGAGUCCCUUGAUACUGUAUCUCCCAAGCAUGGUGAAAAGGAAAAAGAAUCCCAGCCCAGUGCUCCAGCACAAGAAGCAGGGUAUAGCACACUUGCCCAGCGUUAUCCAUCUGAGUUACCUGAAGAACCAAGUUCUCCUCAAGAAAGAAUGUUCACUAUUGACCCAAAAGUUUAUGGGGAGAAAAGGGACCUUCACAGUAAGAAUAAAGAUGAUUUAACACUUAGUCGAAGUUUAGGGCUUGGCGGUAGGUCUGCAAUAGAACAAAGAAGCAUGUCCAUCAACUUGCCUAUGUCUUGCCUCGAUUCCAUUGCCCUUGGGUUUAACUUCGGCCGGGGCCAUGAUCUUUCCCCUCUGGCUUCCGAUAUUCUAACUAACACUAGUGGAAGCAUGGAUGAAGGAGAUGAUUAUCUUCCCCCCACCACACCUGCCGUGGAGAAAGCCCCUUGCUUUCCGAUAGAAAGCAAAGAGGAGGAAGAGAAGGCAGAGGAAGCAAAAGUGACUGGAGAGCAAACUACUCAAAUUGAGACAUCCUCUGAGACACCCUUCCCAGCCAAAGAGUAUUACAAAAAUGGUACCGUCAUGGCCCCUGACCUGCCCGAGAUGCUUGAUCUGGCAGGAACCAGGUCCAGAUUAGCUUCUGUGAGUGCAGAUGCUGAGGUUGCCAGGAGGAAAUCAGUCCCAUCAGAGGCUGUGGUUGCAGAGAGUAGUACCGGUUUGCCACCUGUCACUGAUGAAAACCAAGUCACUGCAAAACCAGACAGUCAACUGGAAGACAUGGGGUACUGUGUGUUCAAUAAAUACACAGUCCCUCUCCCAUCUCCAGUUCAAGACAGUGAGAAUUUGUCGGGAGAGAGUGGUUCGUUUUACGAAGGAACCGAUGACAAAGUCCGCAGAGAUUUGGCCACAGACCUUUCACUGAUUGAAGUAAAACUUGCAGCCGCUGGAAGAGUCAAAGAUGAGUUCACUGCUGAGAAAGAGGCAUCUCCACCCACUUCUGCUGACAAAUCAGGACUGAGUAGGGAGCUUGACCUUGACAGGAAAGCUAAUGACAAACUGGAUACUGUCCUAGAAAAGAGUGAAGAGCAUGUUGAAUCAAAAGAACAUGCCAAGGAGAUGGAAGAGGCUGGUGAGAAAGUGGAGCUCUUUGGAUUAGGUGUAACCUAUGAGCCAGUCUCCACCAAAGAACUGACAACAGCUGAAGAUACAUCACCUGAGAAAGCAGCAAAAGGUCUCAGUUCAGUGCCCGAGGUAGCUGAGGUAGAACCAACCGCAAAGGCCGAUCAAGGGCUAGAUUUUGCUGUGAAGAAAGCUGAGCCGGGUCAGCUAGAAAUCAAAGUCAGUGACUUUGGACAGAUGGCUUCAGGGAUGAAUGUAGACGCUGGGAACGCCACAGAGCUCGAGUUUGAGGUGUCUCAGGAGCUGACCCUCUCAUCCAAAGGACCUCAAGAAGAGGAUUCCUUCAUGGGUGUUGAGUCUGGCCACAUGAAAGAAGGUGUCAAAGUCAAUGAAAUAGAAGUCAAAGAGAAGGUGGCAAAGCCCGACCUGGUGCAUCAGGAGGCUGUGGACAAAGAAGAGUCCUAUGAGUCUAGCGGUGAGCAUGAGAGCCUCACGAUGGAGUCCCUGAAGCCUGAUGAGGGCAAGAAGGAAACAUCUCCAGAGUCAUCUCUGAUUCAAGAUGAAGUUGCCCUCAAACUGUCUGUGGAAAUCCCUUGCCCACCUCCUGUUUCAGAGGCUGACUUGUCCACUGAUGAGAAAGCUGAGGUCCAAAUGGAAUUUAUUCAGCUGCCCAAGGAAGAAAGCACAGAGACUCCAGAUAUACCCGCCAUACCUUCUGAUGUCACCCAGUCACAGCCUGAGGCAAUUGUGUCUGAACCAGCAGAGGUCCCAAGUGAGGAAGAGAUAGAAGCUGGGGGAGAGUAUGACAAACUGCUCUUCCGCUCAGACACCCUUCAGAUUACUGACCUGGUUGCCCCGGGAAGUAGGGAGGAAUUUGUGGAAACCUGCCCGGGUGAGCACAAAGGUGUAAUUGAGUCUGUGGUGACCAUCGAGGAUGACUUCAUCACUGUAGUGCAAACCACAACCGAUGGAGGGGAGUCGGGAUCCCACAGUGUGCGCUUUGCAGCUCUGGCUCAGCCUGAGGAGGAAAGGAGACCGUGCCCUCACGAGGAAGAGCUUGAAGUAGAGAUGGCAGCAGAAGCCCAGGCAGAACCCAAGGAUGGCUCUCCAGAUGCCCCAGCUACCCCUGAGAGAGAAGAGGUUGCAUUCUCAGAAUAUAAAACAGAAACCUACGACGAUUACAAAGACGAGACCACCAUUGAUGACUCCAUCAUGGAUGCUGACAGCCUGUGGGUGGACACUCAAGAUGAUGAUAGAAGCAUCAUGACAGAACAGUUAGAAACUAUUCCUAAAGAGGAGAAAGCUGAGAAGGAAGCUCGGAGACCAUCUCUCGAGAAACAUAGAAAAGAAAAACCCUUUAAAACCGGGAGAGGCAGAAUUUCCACCCCUGAAAGAAAAGUAGCUAAAAAGGAACCUAGCACGGUCUCCAGGGAUGAAGUGAGAAGGAAAAAAGCAGUUUAUAAGAAGGCUGAACUUGCUAAAAAAACAGAGGUUCAGGCCCACUCUCCUUCCAGGAAAUUCAUUUUAAAACCUGCUAUCAAAUGCACUAGACCAACUCAUCUCUCCUGUGUUAAGCGGAAAACCACAGCAGCAAGUGGUGAAUCAGCUCAGGCUCCCAGUGCUUUUAAGCAGGCGAAGGACAAAGCCACUGAUGGAGUCACCAAGAGUCCAGAAAAGCGUUCUUCCCUCCCUAGACCUUCCUCCAUCCUGCCUCCUCGCCGAGGUGUAUCGGGAGACAGGGAAGAAAACUCAUUCUCUCUGAAUAGCUCCAUCUCUUCAGCACGACGGACCACCAGGUCAGAACCAAUUCGCAGAGCAGGCAAGAGUGGCACCUCAACUCCUACCACCCCUGGAUCCACCGCAAUCACGCCUGGCACUCCCCCAAGCUACUCUUCACGUACCCCAGGCACUCCUGGAACCCCCAGCUAUCCCAGGACCCCUCAUACACCAGGAACCCCCAAAUCUGCCAUCUUGGUGCCCAGUGAGAAGAAAGUCGCCAUCAUCCGCACUCCUCCAAAGUCCCCAGCUACUCCCAAGCAGCUACGGCUUAUUAACCAACCACUGCCAGACCUGAAGAAUGUCAAAUCCAAAAUCGGAUCAACGGACAACAUCAAAUACCAGCCUAAAGGGGGUCAGGUUAGGAUUUUAAACAAGAAGAUCGAUUUUAGCAAAGUUCAGUCAAGAUGUGGUUCCAAGGAUAACAUCAAACAUUCUGCUGGGGGCGGAAAUGUACAAAUCGUUACUAAGAAGAUAGACUUAAGCCAUGUGACAUCCAAAUGCGGCUCUCUGAAGAACAUCCGUCACAGGCCAGGUGGUGGACGUGUGAAAAUUGAGAGUGUAAAACUGGAUUUCAAGGAAAAGGCCCAAGCUAAAGUCGGUUCCCUUGACAAUGCUCACCACGUCCCUGGGGGUGGUAAUGUGAAGAUUGACAGCCAAAAGUUGAACUUCAGAGAGCACGCAAAGGCCCGUGUAGACCAUGGGGCUGAGAUCAUCACACAGUCCCCAAGCAGGUCGAGCGUGGCAUCACCCCGACGACUCAGCAACGUCUCCUCUUCUGGAAGCAUCAACCUGCUCGAGUCCCCUCAGCUUGCCACUUUGGCUGAGGACGUCACUGCCGCGCUUGCUAAGCAGGGCUUGUGAAUACUUCUCCUUUAGCCCUGGAGUAAUAUUUAGGCAUGAGCUCUUGGCAAGAGUGGGCUCUAAGCAGGUGUCAUAUUCAUUCUUUACAAACCAUAGAUAAAUAAUCUCACCCCCAAACUGUAGUAAUUGUUACAAUUUUAUAUAAAAAAAAUGAAUAGUAUAUGCAGAAAAUGACCUGAUUUCCAUCCGCAACAGGAACACAUGGCUUUAUAUGGAUACAAUUGGACAAUUAUUUUCGCUCUGCUGUUUUGCAUGGAGUAUUAUUAUUAUUUUUAAAAUUGCAUUUUUACCUUUCAUGUGCCUGAAGGCUAUCCAACUCAUUCUGAAAGGCCUUGUUAAAAAUCCAAGCUGCUCAUUUCACUAUUCUGUUUAUGGUUGAAAAGAUUAAAAAACCGCCCAUUGUCCCUUAAUACAGGUUGAGUGAAAUCAAGGAGUCUGAAGGCAUCUGAUUGGGGGAAGGAAAGAGCAUGUAAGAAACACAUGUUUUAAAGUGUUAUUUUGUAUAAAUGGGAAGAAAGAUGGAACUAAGUUAUUAACAUUUGGGACCUGGAUGAUGAUAUCAGAGUAUGCCAUUCCAAUAAAUUAUUUAACUAAAAACUAGAUAUAAAGCAUUUGAGCUGUGGUUGAAGAA